AUGCGUGCACCUGGCAGUGACCACGCCUCCAGCGGCUUUGAUCGUGCAGCGCAAGACGCGCUAGCGGCCAGCAAGAGCAACGAAGACCACGUACAGCGCCAAAAGGUGGGUCCCCGCUGUUGCCUUCGCGUGCAUGAGCGUGUGAGUUUGCGUGAGGCGAUCCCUGCGCGUCUCGAGUUGGAUAGGGCCGAACUCGACGACCUGCGCAAGAAUCAGGAUGACGCCGCGUCUGUGCUCACCCUACUCGCGAGCGGCUCGAGCGCCGGGAUCAGCGCGCCGAAGCCCGACGCGCCAACGACCACACCGAGUUGUGUCGGCCGCCUGCGGACCACGGUCGAAUCGGCCAUUCGCGGCGCCCACUGCCGACUCGGUGCGCAUCGCUCAACAACGGAAGCCGCUAUGGAUGUGCUGGCUGGGAAGCCGAUGGCGGUCGAGGUGAGGUGGUGGCUGGCCGAUGGGGGCGUGGUGGCCAGCAGGCAGCUCAUUCACGCCGCCGCCCCGCUACGCCCACCAGCGGCGCUGAUUCAUCAUCGAUCGUCAACAACGGAUGGUGGGGCGAAGGAGACGAACAAGUUCAUCAAAUAA